AUGUUCGAGGCGCUGUCAUAUGUCUGGGGAGACCCAUCAGAGCGGCGACAGAUCGACUGCUCUGGACAACUUGUCUCGAUUACCCAGAACCUUCACGAUGCUCUGCAACACCUACGGCAUCCAGACCGAGAGUUGUUGAUAUGGGCAGAUGCUCUGUGCAUCAAUCAAGAGGAUAUGGACGAGAGAGCAGACCAAGUACAACUCAUGAGAGACAUUUACUCGCGUGCUGAGAGGGUAGUGGUAUGGCUAGGCCUGGACAACGAAGGCCGGGCCCCCCGUGCGAUGUCUUUGAUCGAGACGAUUCAUCAAGCUUGCGAAGAUCACGCAUUAGCUAAGAACAUCGAUCUUGUGACCAUGGCUCACUUUACGCCGGCGACACAAGCGCUAGAAGGACUCGCAGGGAUCUCUAUCGAGAAUGUUGCUGCGGCUGGGAUGCGUUUGAGUAAACCAGAGCCGAAGGCAGAAGACUGGGAAGCGCUGGGGUGGCUGCUGUCUCGACCUUGGUUCACGCGAGUUUGGUGCGUGCAAGAAAUCGUUCUCGCCCGAUCUUCCAGAGUUUACGUCGGCUCUGUAUCCUUAGACUGGGUCAAGCUGGGAGUCACGGCUGCCUGGUUAAGCGAGCAGCAUCUUGCAAAUGACUACGAUGUGCCGGCUGAGAUCGAAAAUAUGCCAUUUGACAAUGCGCAUGCCAUGUUCGACACAAGCGAUAUACCAGAAUCAACUUUCUUGGAAAUUCUCAUUGCUUUUCGAGAUCACCAUGCCACAAACUUGAGGGACAAGGUCUAUGGGCUGUUGGGGCUCAUGCGCCCAAAAGACCUCGAGCUUUUCCCGAGUGUUGACUACCGAAAAAGUGUGGCAGAGGUUUACGCCGACGUUGUCAUUACUGCUGUCACAGACAGUAAAACAUUGGCUUCUUUGUGCUAUGUCCAACAUGGAGUCGAGUACAAACAAACCGAUGUUCCUUCAUGGGUACCAAGAUGGGAUGUGAGUGGCGACGUGUCAUCUAUUCUCGAUAGCCGAUCCCUGACAGCCUGGAAAGAGGGCGACAAGCAUGGUCUCCCGGAACUGACAGAUUUUAACCCAUCAUCAGAUGGCAAGUUAGCCGUAGCUGGUGUCAGAUUCGACACCAUUGCUUGGAUAACCCGCGCUCUGGACGUUCAAGACUUCAAGGAAAGAUCCACAGGCUCUGAGGUGUCACCUCAUCCGAUGCUAGAUCUAUGGCAUCGUGCGUCUUCAAACAUGUCGUAUCCAGAAUCUCAAUCUGAAGACUCGCUGAUGGCCGUGUUGAUGAUGGCUCUCACUCUGACUGCUGGGGUUACUGUUGGGUAUGAGCGUGUGGAAGAGCUCGAAUCAUCUGACGACCGUGAGCAGUUUCAUGCAGACUACCUGACAUACGUACACAGCUUACUUGAGGUUUCUGGCCUAGAGUCUUCAACUUUCGAGCCUCUCAAUAUCGCAUUGAGUGACGGGAACGCCUCGCGAUUCAGAGUCGCAGCGUCCCGCGCUUGCGACCAGCGAUGUGUCUUUGAGACAGCAAAGAGGUUCUAUGGACUAGCACCAGCCUGCGCAAGAGAAGGAGAUGUGGUUGUGAUGUUAGCUCGGUUCGGCGAGGAGGAAGUCUUUUUGCUUGUCUAG